AUGCAUGCUGCUGAUUUCGUCCUCCUCCUUGCCAUGGGCGCUUCCGCCGUUGUCGCCAAGGAUCCGAGCACCAUCAUCCUAAAGGCUACCACAACACGCACCAUGAUCCUCACUCAUUGCGCUGCCUCCUACUCCGGUUGCCCUCUGGGACAGACCAGCCAGACGAGUGACAGCGCUACCUCGGCCUUGGCGACUCCUUCAACUUCUUCAGCCCUGGCCUCCGAGGUUCUCUCAACCUCCACUCCGGUGGUUUCGUCAGUCUCCAUCCCAGCGGUUUCUUCCAACUCAGUCUUAUACCCUAUGGCCAACUCAACGAUUCCCGUCGGCUCAACUGGCGUUUCCUCCUUGAUUCCAGGCUCUACUUCCCCUGUCCUUGUGCCCGUUGGUGCUGCCGGCAGCCUUCAGGCUCGAUCUGGCGCUGCCGUUGCGGCCGUUGCGGCCGUUGCGGCCGUCAUCGCCCUGGUCCCUUUCACUUCACGACUUUCGUUAAAACCAACAUCAAGUUCUUUCUCACGCUCUUUUUUCUUUUCUCGAACAUAUUAUUCACUGCGGGGACGGAAGUUUGGGGACCAGUCAUUUGUUUAUCCGUAUCUUGGGUCCAGGAUACUUGAGGGCUGUUUCUUUGUUUUGGCCACUGUUUUUAGCAGUGCCUUGAUACAGACCUUGUGCAGUUUGCCAUCGGAGCCAUGGUGCAGGGACACAUGUUUGGGAAAGGAGUCAAUUUGUAUUGUGUGGCGAACAACGAUACCAUCAAGGUCGCAAACGGCCACCGACCAAGAUACCACAUGA